AUGAGAUGCUCGUGCAUAGCCAGAUGGAAGGCGACCUCUGGCGUAUGGCAGCCAGUAUCACCAGCGCCACGACUGACGUCCCAACAAGUGCUUGACACGGUCAGAGCGAGCGCGCCAGGCGAGCAAAAGGUGCCGAUCAGAGGCGAUGAGAGUGACCUGCCCAGCUUCAGCGGUCUCGCGCCCAGGCGAGGCCCAAGGAUAGAGGCGUACAAGCCUGCCCACCUGCAAGCGCAAGAAAGCUCGAGGUCGGGCGGCUUCACCAGACGAACGCCAGACGAGCUAUGGAAGGCAGCCUCUGCACCCUCUACGGUCCAGCAUGCGAUCUCACCCGUCAUGCCUGCCACCUCCCGUAGCGUUGAAGUGCGAGGCGAUCUCAGCAGGACGUAUGCCAAUCUGCGAGGCAUUCUCAACAAGAGCGAUAUCCGCUCCGAGCUCAGGCUCCAGGAGAGAUACGAGAAGCCCAAGUUCACUCGCCAGAGACUGAAGAGCGAGCGCCAUCGCAGACGAUUCGGUGCCGCCGUGUCUGAGAAAGUAGGGGCUGUCUUGCUCAUGAAGUCUCGGGGCAUGUAG